GACGUGACAUUGUCAUGUACUUCUCUCUCAUCUCAUCAUAUGUAUGUAGGGUUUUUGUCACUCCUAGAUUAAAUCUAACGGCUGAAAAUGGCACUGUAAAGACCGCAGAUGAUAGAAGCGCAGCAGGUGAUCCAAAUCCUUUUCCCCUUUCUAUUCCCGCGACGUUAAUCCUGGAAUUGAAAUCUGAGAUGAAUAAAAACAAUUCAUUUUGAGCACUAAUCAUUGAAUUGGUGUUUCAAUUUCAACCUUCAUGGCCUUGAUUCUCAUAAUCGCUUCUUUCAUUUUCCUUUGGAUUAUUUCUCUAUGCAAAAUUUUCCUUCUCCCCCGUACCCCUUUCACCAAACAUUUUACCCUCGAUGGUAGAGCUUUUCGGAAGAGAAAUGUCUUGCUGGUUAUUGCUCACCCUGACGAUGAAUCCAUGUUCUUCACUCCAACUAUAAAUUUUCUGACUUCAAGAGGUCAUAAUGUUCAAAUACUCUGCUUAUCUAAUGGUGAUGCAGAUGGCAAAGGAAAUGUCAGAAAACAAGAGCUAUUUCAGGCUUGUGUAUCUCUCAAGGUUCCUAUGCAACAAGUGAAGAUUGUCAACCAUCCAGAUCUGCAGGACGGUUUUGGUAAAGCUUGGAACCAUGACUUAAUGGCAAAUAUUAUUGAGCAAGAGAUAACUAGUCACUGCAUUGAUAUGAUUAUUACUUUUGACAAAUACGGUGUCUCGGGACAUUGUAAUCAUCGUGACGUGCAUUAUGGAGUAUGCAGCAGGCUACUACAUGAUAAAUCACGAAGAGAUAUUGAAGUUUGGGAGCUUGUCAGCACCAACAUAUUGCGCAAAUAUAGCGGUCCAAUUGAUGUAUGGUUGUCCAUGUUUUGGGUCAUGCUGCCCUCAAAUGGGACAAUGCAGUGUUUGGUAAACGAGCAUUCACGUAGAAGUUUUAUUGCUAUGGCCCAACACAAAAGCCAGUGGGUUUGGUUCCGCAAGCUUUUUGUAAUCUUGUCUAGUUAUACCUAUAUGAACACUCUUAGAAAGAUUGAGUGAAGUUACAAAGUCAAAAAGUUUGUGUUGCAUGUGAGAUCAACUUUCAUUUGUUGCUAUUCUAUUUGGAUCUUCAUGAUCAGACAUCAAACGUCUAUUGGUUCAAGCUAUUCAUUCUGUGGAUCUAUGGUUCAAUCUUCAGCGACCUUCCCAGUUUCUCUCAUCAAGAUUGAAUAGAAUCUGCUAAUUUUCUUCAAAUUAUCCUUAGAUGUUAUAUGUUCAUUAACGGUGCUCUAAGUGAGGUUUUGCUUGCUUAGUUUGUAAUUAUUUGUAUUAGUAAAGUAGCACAAUAGUUUUUCUUUGCAGCGAUAUAGUUGAAUUUGGAUGACUUUUUUCAAAAUCAUGUUAAUCUGAAUUGCAAACAAGAUGAGGAAGUCAAAAAACUAUAUUUGUUUAGUCCCUGCAAUUAACAAUGUGUACACCACUACACUUUUAAAA